UUCCAUUUAACGUUGACUCUUCUGUCAUACUGUACUAAAAUUUACGAUUAAAGUUAUUAAAUUAAGCAUUAGCAGUUACUUGAAAGUUGUGUUCCCAGGACAUUACAGUAUGCUGGAUAUUGUGCAAGAACCAGUACAACAGUAUGGAAAUCGGAGCCACCAGGCGGAGUGUAUUCCCCUGGGAAGAUAUCCAGCUUACGGAUCGGAACAGAAUGAUCCAGACAAGGGCCUGGGAUUCUGCAGCUCCAGCAUUCGGCGGGGAUUCAUACGGAAGGUGUACCUAAUCCUGUUGGCGCAACUGAUCACUUCCCUGGUGGUUAUAGUUUCUCUUACUGCUGAUAACCGGGUGCGUUUGAUGGUGGCAGACAGCACCUGGAUAUUUUUGGUGGCCAUCCUAAUAGUGGUCUUCUCACUGGUGGCUCUAGGCUGCAAUGAGGAUCUGCGUCGUCAGACCCCAGCUAACUUCAUCUUUCUAUCUGCCUUCACCAUAGCCGAGUCCUUUUUACUGGGCGUGGCAGCCUGCCGAUAUGCCCCAAUGGAGAUUUUCAUGGCCGUGCUAAUCACGGCGUCAGUUUGCCUUGGACUCACCCUGUUUGCCCUGCAGACGCGUUACGACUUUACCGUCAUGGGUGGCCUCCUGGUUAGCUGCCUGAUAAUACUGCUCUUCUUUGGAAUCGUGACCAUCUUCGUGGGCGGACAUAUGGUCACCACCAUAUAUGCCUCAUUGAGCGCUCUGCUCUUCUCCGUUUAUUUGGUUUACGAUACACAAUUGAUGAUGGGAGGCAAGCAUAGGUACUCCAUUAGUCCCGAGGAGUACAUAUUCGCCGCCCUAAAUAUUUACAUGGAUGUGAUGAACAUAUUCCUGGACAUUUUGCAAUUAAUCGGAGGAUCCGAUUAGUUGCAUGAAAUCCCACAAAUACACAGAUUAUUUUACACAUCCAAUUCGACGACGAGCAUUAAUAAAACAAAUUCUACAGAAAACCUAUUUUACAUUUACUUA